AUGACGCGUCCUUCUAACAUUGGUAUCAAGGCAUUUGAGAUCUACAUCCCAGGACAGUACGUCAACCAGGCCGAACUCGAGACCUUUGAUGGAAUUCCAGCUGGAAAAUACACCAUUGGCCUUGGCCAGACGAACAUGGCCUUUGUGAAUGACCGUGAGGAUAUUUACUCUAUGACCCUUACUGUUCUGAGUCAGUUGAUCAAGAACUACAACAUCGAUGUCGCACAGGUGGGCAGACUGGAGGUGGGAACUGAGACUCUGCUGGACAAGUCAAAGUCUGUCAAGAGUGUGUUGAUGCAACUGUUUGGUUCUAACACAGAUGUUGAAGGAAUUGACACUGUUAACGCGUGUUAUGGUGGUACCAAUGCCGUUUUCAACGCGAUCAACUGGAUUGAAUCCUCUGCAUGGGAUGGUCGUGAUGCCAUUGUGGUGGCUGGUGACAUCGCCAUCUACGAGAAGGGCGCUGCCAGACCAACUGGAGGUGCUGGUACUGUGGCAAUGCUGAUUGGCCCUGAUGCCCCUCUCGUUUUCGAGCCAGUGAGGGGCUCUUUCAUGGAGCAUGCUUACGAUUUCUACAAGCCUGACUUCACCUCUGAAUACCCAUACGUUGAUGGUCAUUUCUCAUUGAGUUGCUAUGUUAAGGCAUUAGACUUCUGCUACAAGGCUUACUCCAACAAGGUUGCCAAGCGUGGCACUUCUGACAGGUCUUUGUCUGCAGAUGCCGUUGGAAUCACCCAUUUCGACUACAACGUGUUCCACGUCCCAACUUGCAAGCUCGUUGUGAAGUCGUACGCCAGGUUGUUGUACAAUGACUUCAGGGCUGACCCCUCCAAGUACCCAGAAGUGGAUGCCAAGCUUGCUUCAUUGGACUACGAGGCCUCGUUGGUCGACAAGACCAUCGAGAAGACUUUCGUCACUUUGGCCAAGAAGCUAACCGCCGAGCGUGUUUCUCCUUCGCUCGAGGUGGCCACCAACACCGGUAACAUGUACACUGCGUCUGUUUAUGCAUCGCUUGCGUCGUUGUUGUGCUACGUCGGUUCUGAUGCUCUUCAGGGCAAGCGUGUUGGUCUGUUUUCGUACGGUUCAGGUCUUGCCGCGUCUUUGUUUUCUCUGAAGGUCAACGACGAUGUCUCCAGUAUCAUCAAGGUCCUGAAUGUUCAAAAUAAGCUUUCUUCCCGUCUCCAAAAGUCCCCACAGGAGUACGAAGCUGCUAUCGCAUUGAGAGAGAAGGCCCACUUGGCCAAGUCAUUCAAGCCUACUGGAGAGACUGAGUAUCUGCCAAAGGGAACCUACUACCUCACCGAAGUGGAUGACAGGUACAGGAGAUUCUACGCCGUGAAGGAGUAA